AUGUCCGUCUCUGAGAAACGCACCCUUUAUGACAAAAUCUGGGACUCACAUAUCGUAGAAACGCUUGAAGACGGGACGUCGCUCUUGUAUAUUGAUCGUCACCUUGUUCACGAAGUAACAAGUCCGCAGGCGUUCGAAGGGUUACGCCUCGCUGGUCGUCGUGUCCGUCGACCGGAUUGCACUCUGGCGACCGUCGACCAUAACACUCCAACUGUAUCGCGAAAGUCAUUCCGUUCGCUGAGUUCCUACGUCACGGACCCAGAGGCUCUGGCUCAAUGUCAAGCAUUGGACCAGAAUGUCGCAGAGUUCGGGUUGACAUACUUCAACAUGCAAGACAAAAGGCAGGGAAUUGUCCAUGUCAUAGGACCAGAACAAGGUUUCACGGUGCGCGGCACCUUCCAAUCACAUGGGGCGUUCGGCUGCCUCGCGUUCGGAAUCGGCACAUCCGAGGUCGAGCACGUCUUGGCCACCCAGUGCCUCCUGCAGACGAAGAGCAAGAACAUGCGCAUCAACAUCGACGGCGCACUAGCCGAGGGUGUCACCUCCAAAGACGUGAUCCUACACAUCAUCGGCGAGAUCGGCGCGGCUGGAGCGUCGGGCACCGUCAUCGAGUACACGGGGAGCGCGAUCCGGAGCUUCAGCAUGGAAGCGCGCAUGAGCAUCUGCAACAUGAGCAUCGAAGCGGGUGCGCGCGCAGGCAUGAUCGCCCCGGACGACGUGACCUUCGCGUACUUGCGCGGCCGGCCGUUCGCGCCGCAGGGGCGGGACUGGGAGCGCGCCGUGGCGUACUGGAAGACGUUGCGAAGUGACGACGGCGCGGAGUUCGACCUCGACGUGGACAUCCGCGCGGAGGCCGUCACGCCGACGGUCACAUGGGGGACAUCGCCGCAGGACGUUGUGUCCAUCCUAGGGCGCACACCGGACCCCGCGCAGUUCACGGACGCCAACAAACGAAAGUAUGUCGAACGCGCCUUGCAGUACAUGGGCCUCGCCCCGAGCACGCCGAUGCAAGAUAUCACCGUCAACAAGGUCUUCAUCGGGUCGUGCACGAACGGGCGCAUUGAGGACCUGCGCUCUGCAGCCAUGGUCGUGCUCGCUGCGGGUCCAACUGCGCGGGUGCGCGAAGGCGUGCAUGCGAUGGUGGUCCCUGGGUCGGGGCCGGUCAAAGUACUCGCCGAGGCGGAGGGGCUGGACGUUGUCUUCCAGAGGGCUGGCUUCGACUGGCGCGAGCCUGGUUGUUCCUUGUGCUGUGGCCUGGCCGAUACGCUCGGACCGGAAGAGCGCUGUGCGAGCACGACGAAUCGCAACUUCGAAGGUCGUCAGGGCCCGCGCAGCCGCACGCACCUCCUCAGCCCCGCGAUGGCUGCUGCUGCCGCUCUCGCUGGGAAGUUGAUAGAUGUGCGACGGUUUCUUGAUCAUGCCACAAAUACUGGGCCUGCGUUGCAUCUGGCGGCCAGUGCAGAUGCAUACUCGAAGACUGCCUCUGAGGAGCAUGACCAUGACCGCAUACAGCCUGCCUCCCGUCGUCGUGGCAAGGCCGCACGCAGACCCAAAGAUACUGCAGGUACCGGGCCGUUAUCCAUUGCCUUCAAGACACUGAAAGGCAUCGCCGCUCCUCUGUAUAUCCCGAAUGUCGACACGGACGUACUCAUCCCCGCCAUGUUCGUCAAGACGCUGAAGCGCACUGGGCUCGCGGACUUCCUCUUCUUCUCUCUCCGUAACGACACCCGCACCGGCACGAAACCGACUUCGACGGCGAAGAUACUCGUUUGCGAUAUGCCCAACUUCGGAUGUGGUAGUUCACGCGAGCACGCCGCGUGGGCGUUGAAGGACUUCGGCAUCCUCUGUGUGAUCGCCCCCAGCUUCGGCGAGAUCUUCCAGAGCAACUGCAUGCAGAACGGGAUGUUGCCCAUCGUCCUCCCGACUCCCGACUGCCAGGCGCUCGCUGCGGAUGCCGAGGAAGGCUCCGUGCUCGAAGUCGAUCUGGACAAGCAAGAGAUCAGGCGAGGUGAGGGCAGACCUCCUAUCACCUUCGCCGUCGACCCGCUCCGAAGGCACCGCUUGUUGAAUGGAUUGGACGACAUCACCUUAACUCUGCAGAGAGAAGACGCGAUCGCGAGCUUUGAGGAGCGGAGGACGGAGUUAUGGCCAUGGCUUGACGGAUUUGAUCACGGUGGGGCGAUCUGA